UUACUGCAUCGGUGUUCCACUUUGCAAUACUAAUGUCUACAGAGUAGAAAGUAUCGCGACCAGUUGCACACUCCCUGAUUGUGGGGACGUGGCUUCAGACUGUUCAGUUCUUUACGCACAAAAGAAAGCAGAACAGGGAGAGAGGCUUCAUUUUAUUUUGUUUAUGCUGAAAGCGCUAGUCGUUGUUUCUAGUCUGAUAUUGUGCGAUGAAAUGAUUGGUCGUCUGACAUAAAGCAAGCGUCUGCUCUGCUCGGUCAGAAGAAAUGCUGGGUGACUUGUUUUUAGAGGCUGACAGCGAUCAGCCCAAUGGAAGCAUCGCCAGCGGCAGCAACUCGUUUGGAGCGGCACCAGAAAAGCGGCGCUCCCCAAACAGGCUGAGUGGUCUGCGAAAUCAAGGAGCCACUUGCUAUCUGAACUCACUCAUCCAAACCUUGUUCCUUACCCGGGAGCUUCGAGACAGUUUGUUUGGUUUGGAUAGUGCGGAGCUGGGCGAGCUGGAUGGAUCGAAAGAGGUUCGAAAAAUACCCGUGGAGCUUCGCAAGCUGUUCGCACGUCUGCUGUUGAAGGAUGUGAAUUCAGUGAGUACUGGUGCGUUGACGGAGAGCUUUGGUUGGAGUGGCAAUGAGGUCGUACAGCAGCACGACGUCCAGGAGUUGAAUCGUAUCUUGUUUACAGCAUUAGAGGACUCGCUGGUUGGCACUGCAGGCAGUCAGCUGAUCAAGACCCUGUACCAUGGUGAAAUUGUCAACCAGGUUCACUGCAAGGCGUGCGGCAGCUGCAGCGAGCGCCAUGAAUCCUUCCUGGACAUAGCCGUGCCAGUGGUUGGGUGUUUGAGUUUGAGCAGCGCACUGCAGUCACUGUACUGUGAGAAGGAGCAACUGUGCGGCGCUAACCAGUACUUCUGUGAGAGGUGCAACAAGAAAGUCGAUGCAAGCAAGGGUGCUGUGCUUAGUCAGCUGCCACCAAUCCUGACCGUUUCAUUGCUGCGCUUCCAGUACGACUGGGAAAAGGGAGACCGGUACAAGGAAACUGGUCGCUUCAAGUUCCCCGACGAGUUGGACAUGGCGCCAUACUGCUUACCUUCCGGUGCUGGUGCCGGUGAUGUGCAGCAGAUCUACGAGAUCUUCUCAGUGGUGGUGCAUCGGGGCGGUGCGCACGGCGGUCACUACUUUGCCUACAUCCGUGAUGCGGAUGGCCUAGGCAGCUGGUCGGAACCGAAAGAAUCCAGCAUUCUUGUGGAGACUGACGGUGACAUGGAGCUGACAGAGUGUGACUCGCCAGUCACUGUACUUAUCACGAUACUGAGCCAGCAUAAGAAGACUUCAUCGGCGCCGGUCUCCAUUGAUCAACUGUGCAAGCUACUGCAAAAGCAGACUGGCGUAUCGUGGAACAAGCGCUUCAAGCGCAAACACGGCGCACUGACCAAGUUCAUGCACGAUCACAGCGACAUAUUCCUGUUUGAAGCGGACGGCUGUGUUUCUCUUGUCGACGGUGCUGAAGCUACCUCUGCACCUGUCAAUGAUGCUAAGCAGGCUGGAAAUGGCUCUGCUCCGGACACUGCUCAAACCGAAGCCAAGGCAAGCGCCUCAAGCUCAUCAUCGCAAGCUGAUGCAAGCAGCUCAGCAACUGCUGGUGUCGGCUCGGACAAAUGGUUUUCCUUCAAUGACAAUUGGGUAUCACCGGUCGACAAGUCAAUCCUGGAAAACACCUACAUGGGUAAGGAAAGCGCGUACAUGCUGUUCUAUCGCCGUAAGGCAGGUGCAGAUGACGUGCAUUCCUAUAACCAUGAGAUAGCUUGCAAUACUGUACCGCUGAACCUCCAGUGUGACAUAGCAACAGAAAACUUCGACUUGGAUGAGCAGCGGGAGGCAUACGAAGUGGCAACGAACAACAUCGCCGUCAACGUUCAUGAGAGCACCGACUUCCGUGCUCAUUGUGGCGUUCUCCAGCGGAAGACCAAUGCCCAGAAGCAGAUUAGUGUGGACAGGCGGAAAGGUUUCUCGGAACUACAUGCAAUGCUCAUACAGACACUUGGCCAUGUCACUGCUGUCUACACUGCAUCACCAUGUCCAUCCGGCCUUCACCUUCUGCAGCAAGUUCCAUGUGAUGCUACAUCGCUCACUGACUACAACAUCUUGGCCGACAGCCAUCUUCUGGUGGUCUGCACCGACCCAGAAACGUUUCUGGUGGACGAUCUCCUGAUGGGCGAAGAACAGGCGCCAAUGCUGAUCAGAUGCCAGCUACCAUCCUCUGAUGGCGAAACAAAGGAAGUUGUAGAGCGGCCAUUCAGCCAGAAAACCCUUCUUAGUGAGGUGAUUGCCUUGUUCUGUCAGCAGAAUAACCUCUCGCUGCCAGCUGCCGCCACAGCAUGCAAUCCAAAAGAGAAGAAGCCGCUUGUGUUGACAACGGAUGAUGGUUUGCUGCCCAUCAAGCAGGCUAGGCUCGUUGAUGGGUCGCUACUGGUCUUUUCUGAUAAAGCAGUGGCUGGUGGUGCGGUUGACGUGCCUCGACAGACCGUAGCCCAGUGGUCGGUUGUUGUCGAGAACUGGUGUAACUCAACACCAUCACCAACAACAACUGGUGCUGCGGAGGACAGCAAGCGAGAAGAACAGGUCGGUGUUGGCAACUGGUCGACCAAGUGUGUUUAUAUCAACGAUACGAUGACUGUCGGCCAACUGAAGAACAAUGUCAUCGAAGGCACCUCCACGCCACUCAAUUCUGUACGCCUGCGCGUGGAGCACGUCACUGUCCUGGGUCCGCCACUGUGUGAUAGCGAUGUCAUUGCCCAGCAAGGCUGGCCCGAUGGACAGCAGGUGGUUCUGGAGAGGGGAGCUGCACCGGGCGCCGACGAGAUGAUGCUGCAGUUUGAGCUCGGCGGGUCCGUGCGCGAUGGCCGUCAGUACGAGGUGACGGUGCACAACAGUCAAACAGUGCAGGACUGCGUUGAGGCAAUGCUGAUCCAAUCCUGUACGACUGGAACCGAGUAUCACAUACGCCGCACAAACUGGUGCGGCGAGGCUGCGGAGAUCUUGGACGAUCCGAUGAUGGCGAUCGAGACAACGGGCGUGAAGAACGGCGACUUUCUGUUCUUAUUGCCUGGACUGCCACCGCCGCCGGAUUGUGUUCGCUUGUCGCUGUAUAUUCCCACAGCAUCUAAACUGUCUUCUGACAGCAGUGAUGGUGCAGGCCAGGGAGUGGUUAGUUGGCUCAGCUCAGUGAUCACAUCAUCGCUCUCACUGGGAAUGAAGGCAUUGAACCAGCAGAAUGGAGAGGCUUGUAGUCAUGUGAGUGCUGGGGAAUCUACUCAUUCUUCGAGUGUUGAUCCGCCUUCUGCAGACGAAGCCGGAACCGAAACACCUCAAGAGGACGACACCAAACAUGCAGAUAACUCCAACAGCAAGCCUGCUGAGAAGCCCACCACCGAGAAGCCCGUCAUCGAAGAAAAGCCAUUUUCAUUUAUGACCACGGUCGACGUGAAGAAGACGGCAAAGAUUGCAGACUUGAAAUCGGCCAUUCUGUGUCUGCCUGUUUUCUCCUCGGGCGAUGCUGCAAUUGACCCUGAUAGGCUACGUGUACGCCGCUUGCAGGAUGGCCACGCGAGAAGAAUAUUCCGUCAGGGGGACACGAUGCGCAGCCUGAAGCUCCUGUCCGGUUCUGACGUCCUGUGUCAGGUUCUCGCCAUGCCCGAGGUACUGCCACAGUCCAGUCUCAUCUUGAUGGCGCGCCGACGCAGGCAAGCAUCCCGCUCCUACUCGCAAGCGGAGGAGAUUGUCCUGAACACGCAGGAUGGCUGCACAGCGGCCCAGUUGAAACGCUGUCUGAUCGAACACUUCCAGCUUAGCUGUGACACUUCCGCCAUACACUGUGCCAAGCAACUUCCCGACCAGUUUGACUGGCUGCCCAUUCAGGACAGCGCUCACCCCAGAAAAGGUGCAGUGGUAUCGUCAGCGUCACGGCAGAAGAAAGGGGGCGCUGCUCCCAGGAAACCGCACAACUUACGCAACAGUCCUGUGUUCUUGCAGGAUGGAGAUACCGUCGGCUUCAAGCUGGCUAGCGAGGAGCGUACAUCAACGCUCAAGGAUUUCCGUACACCCGAGGACAUGGCGGGUCUCCGCCAGCUGGAGGCUAUCAAGGAGGAGAAGCGCUUGGCCCGCAAGCAGCGACGCUGUAACAACAGUAUGGAGCAGGGGCAGCGGCGGCCGGAAGUUGGCAUUCGCAUUGUUGUGCCCAACUACCAGCAGGUAGCGACGAACAGUGAACAAUGAGACCAUCGCCAUGGGCCAUGUGAUCAUUACAUGACACAUCUGUAUAAUAUACAUUGUAUCAUAGUGCUGGCAUGCAUGUACAUGAUAGGUACUAAUUUCAGUUGUACAUAACGUUACUUUACUAUCUAGGCAGGGAAUUGCACAGGUGGUCCCAGAAUCCUGCUUUUGAGUGACCCCCCCCCCCCCCCCCGGCAUAUUCUCUGCAGAUGCGACAGAAGCAUUUUACUAGUAGCUGCUAUGUGCUGUUGCAGAAGUGGUGAUUUUCUUUUUCUUGUUUUCUUUAGUUGACUCUUUAUCUCCUCAUUACCAGUCUUGUAGAACUGCUCACUGGUGCUGGUCACCCAUCAGCAGUCUAAGAAUCCGUACUGAUGCCUCAUACAAUGUAUGUCAUACUGUAAUACACAUUGAAGGGAAACACUUUUUUGCCUUUCAAUUCCUAUAAUUU